AUGUCCCAGACGCAAGGCCUUUACGUCACACUACGUCACACCGGCAUUAAAGUGUGCGAAGUGAGACUGCGAGGCAGCGCGCAGGAGACGAUGAAGCGGGGCUGGCUGGCUCUGUCCCUGCUGUGCUCCUGGACUCUGGCAGAGGAAGAUUCUGAGGUGUCCUGUGUUUUUAUGGAGAGAUGCAUCUUACCGUGCAGGUUCCAGAUUGGGGAAGAAAUCGUCACCCACUGGUUUAAGGUACCAGGAGACCUUCACGUCCACUCAUUCUACUACAGCAAAGACCAGCUUGGACACCAGGACCAGCGCUUCAGAAACAGGACUUCACUGUUCAAGGACCAGAUCUCCAGAGGAAAUGCUUCACUCCAGCUGGCAGGGGUGCAGGUUCAGGACCAGAGCAGAUAUAAGUGCCACACCAGCACCAUCAGAGGAAACCAGGAGUCAUUUAUUAACCUGAAGGUGGACGCUCCAGUUCAUGAAGUCAGCAUUGAUCAGGUAGGAAACAGGAUCACCUGCAGCUCAGAGGGGAUCUACCCUGAACCUCAGCUCACCUGGUCCACCAGCCCUCCAUCCAACAUCACCUUCACCAACACCACCACAGUGCAGCAGCCUGAACAGCUGCUUUACAGCAUCACCAGCUCUUUGAUGGUUUCAGCCGGUGUUUAUGACCUGCUCUUUAUCUGCACCAUCAGCACUCGCAGGAACAGGAGGAGAGCCACUUUGAGGAAACUAGCUGAUAUCAGUGCUCCCAGCACUGGCGUAACAAUCCCCUGCACCCCCCCAAACACCUCCCUCACCAACUUCAGCCUCGUCUGGAGAUUCAACCACACUCAGACCAUCGUGAAGCAGACCGGGACCAACGUCACCUACUCGGUGUCAGACGGGUGGAGGCAGCAGGUGGAGAAAGUGUCAGAGUCAGGCAGCCUCGUGCUGAAGGACUUAUCGUCCAAACAGGAGGGGGGGUACACCUGUGAGCUCAGCAAUGCUGAGGAGACUCACAGCACCAACACCCACCUGAGGAUCAUCAAAGGAGGUCACACUAGCAUUGCAGCAAUUAUUACAGCUGUGGGAUUUGGAAUUGUAUUGAUCAGCUUAUUGAUUGCUGCUCUAAUCUACUGGAUAAGCAAAAAGGACAUGGCUGUGCCUUCAUCUGAUCCACAGUCACCCACAGAGCAUGCAGAUACAGAGGCGCAGGUGUGAAGUGACGAUUUCAGACACACUGAAGACUUUCUGAGAGCCGAACCUCCUCUUCCUGUUCUAGCUGAAGGUCCACAUCCUCCUUCCUGGUUAUAAUAAAAGAUGAGUUAUCUUCUUCUUCUUUUUUAUUGGCG